GAUGUUGCUGUCCUCUUGGAUAACGAAGCCAUCUAUGAUAUCUGCCGCAGAUCCCUUGAUAUUGAGAGGCCUACCUACACGAACCUCAACAGGUUGAUCUCCCAGAUCAUAUCUUCCUUGACAACAUCUUUGAGGUUUGAUGGAGCCAUCAAUGUGGAUAUCACUGAGUUCCAGACCAACCUUGUCCCCUAUCCCCGUAUCCAUUUCAUGCUGUCGUCCUACGCUCCGGUCAUCUCGGCCGCAAAGGCCUACCAUGAGCAGCUAUCGAUCCCUGAGAUCACUAAUGCUGUGUUUGAGCCAGCUAGCAUGAUGGCCAAGUGUGACCCAAGGCACGGGAAAUACAUGGCCUGCUGUUUGAUGUACCGUGGGGACGUUGUUCCCAAAGAUGUUAAUGCUGCUGUUGGUACUAUUAAGACCAAGAGGACUGUUCAGUUUGUCGACUGGUGCCCUACUGGUUUCAAAUGCGGAAUCAACUACCAGCCUCCAACAGUUGUCCCAGGAGGUGACCUCGCUAAGGUUCAGAGAGCGGUGUGCAUGAUCAGCAACAACACAGCAGUUGCGGAGGUGUUUUCACGGAUCGACCACAAGUUUGAUCUCAUGUACGCGAAGAGGGCCUUUGUUCACUGGUACGUGGGUGAAGGAAUGGAGGAAGGUGAAUUCUCUGAGGCACGUGAAGACUUGGCCGCACUGGAGAAGGACUAUGAAGAGGUGGGUGCUGAAGGUGGAGACGAUGAAGAAGACGAAGGUGAAGACUACUGACCACUUUCUUCUCUC